CGGAGCCGCCGGAGCGCAGCGGUCCUGCUGUCCGCUCCGAGCUGCGCACAUCCCUGCCUGCUCCGCGUCUUUUCUGCAGCUCAUUUUCAUCUGUUUUCAUACAACGGUUUGGACCGAGACAGGGCGCUUCAGCGGCUCUCCGAGGGAGUGGGAGGAGUGGAGAGAAGACACACCGAAGCAGCUCCACCGCCGCCCACUGAACGAGCCAAAGCGCACCGACAGCUCCACGAGCCUCCAUCACCUCUGCUGCUGCUGCUGCUGCUGCUGCUGCUGCUGCUGCUGACACACCGAGGAGCUGACAACAAGAUGGGCCACGCCACCGCUGAAGGAAUGUGAUAUCUCACUGAGGCUGUGGACAGAUCACUAAACCCCGGUGCCAGCUGUACUUUUUUCACUUCACAUGGAACUAUUUUUUUAAAAUUAGUUUGAUUGAAUUGCUGUCACCUGCCAGUUAAUGCACCUUUCUAACAUGGAUACACUUUCCCAGGAUUCAAUUCUGGAGUGCCAGAUUUGCUUUAACUACUACAGCCCCCGGCGGCGACCUAAACUCCUGGACUGCCGACACACAUGUUGCUCGGUGUGUUUGACUCAAAUGCGCAGCACCCAAAAGGAGAUCCGCUGUCCCUGGUGCCGCAGCGUCACCAGACUCCCUCCGGGCCUUCCUGUGUCGCAGCUCCCGGACGACCCGGACAUCAUCACGGUCAUCGCCAUUCCRCACGCCUCCGAGCACACGCCCGUCUUCAUCCGCCUCCCCAGUAACGGCUGCUACAUGCUGCCCCUGCCUGUCACUAAAGAGCGKGCGCUCGGUCUGCCCGGGGAUCUGGGGUGUCGCUUCCUGCCUGGCGGCCAGCAGAAGGGGGUGACGGUGGUGACGGUGCCGGAGSAGCAGCCUCUGGGUCUGGCCAUGGGGCUGGAGAGCAUGGGGCUGGAAGGGGGCGACGGGGAGAGGAGAAUGACUGGGCCGGCGGGCGGAGGGAAAGGUUCUACGUGGUCCGGCGUGUGCACGGUUAUUCUGGUGGCGUGUGUGCUGCUCUUCCUCCUGGGGAUUGUGCUUCACAACAUGUCCUGCAUCUCCAAACGCUUCACUGUUAUUUCCUGCGGCUGAGGAACGCUGCUCAAACUGUUGUGUACCCCUCCUUGUUGGCCCGACUUCUCAAAGAUAGACUAGAUAGAGGGGGCUUAACUCAUGUUGUGGGCAUUUCAGGAAAUAACAGAGCCAAACCAAGUGUCUCAGAUAAAGACAAAGAGGGCACAGAAUGAGAUUUACAAAUUGAUCUGCCAUUGUUUUUUUUUUUUUGUGGACUGAAAUUAAAAUGAAUUUUUACUUUCUUCUCCUCCAACUGGCCCUGAAAACUCCUGCCCCUCAGUGAUUUUAAUGUUUUCUGAAAGAACGUUUUGAACAUCACUGCACUGUUUCUGAACAGUUGAUGUUUAAUCUGUGGUUUGUAGAAGUUCAUCAGUUAUCGUAGUGCUUGGCUCARAGCGUCAUAUCUUCAGCUGGUCCAAAGGAGUUAACUGUGCAGAAUCUACUCCUUCCUGAGAUCAUUCGUCUGUGGAACGGAAAUGGUUUUAACAUUUAUUUUUCAGUCMAAUGAACUUGUUGAAAUGAUUGUAAGUGAAGUGUAAUGUUCAAACGCACCAAUAUGUACAGCUGAACCACACACAGGUAGUACUGAGUUGCUUUAGGAUAAUAGAUUUAAGAGUUAGAGCAGAAACAGUCUGCUGAGGACUUCAUUGGAUUUUGAAAAAAUCAUUUAAUUUGUUUUUUAAGUACAAAAACAGUGUGUUCCAGUCUCCUAAAUGUAAGGUCUUGAUGUGUUUUUCUGUUAUCUGUAUGUUUUUGAAUCCUCAAAACAGCCAUUGUUCUUAAGCUGUCAAAACAAUUUUUUAUUCAAAUAAAAAUAGUCUUAAAUC